AGAUUCACCCUCCUAUUCUAUUCACCUAUUCAGAGAGUGAGCAGUCAGCGCGAACAAAGCUGCGGCAGAUCGUGCGCUGAUUGGUUACCGGGUACGGUGCCAGAGGUCCACUACAACAGAUGGGGUUCUCCUCUCGUCGCGCAGACGCCACGCAUGCAAGCCCCGGUGCGUGCAUGCACCGAUUGUUUCCUAUGCCCGGGUAGGGCGAACCGAGCAGGGAACGAACAGACUGGGCGACUCACGGUUAACGACUAUCCCACCCGAAACCCAGCGUGGCAGAGAAGAACCAAGCCCAGUUGAUCGUUUGUAAACAUUAACAACUAAAGCCCGAAGAGGUCCUGAAAAUCACUACUAGCAACUCUGUCCAAAGGACACAGUAGCUUCAUUGGGCUCCUGCCUGCCUGUCUUCAGGUAAACUCCUCUGACUGGACCCUGAGGACUAACUUAUUGUGUGUUUGUGCAGCUAGCGGAUCUCUCUCUUUCCUGGCCUACCAGCAUCAUACAGAUCUUAGCACGCUCCUCUCAUGCUGACUGAGAAUGGAUAACAUGCAGGAUGGGGUUCAGAUUGGAGACAACAAGUUCAUCAGCAAGGCAACAGUCCUGUCCCACCUCAAAACCUACAACCUUUAUUAUGAAGGACAUAACCUGCAGUUGAGACACAGAGAGGAGGAAGGGGAGCUGAUCGUGGAGGGCUUGCUGAAUAUCUCCUGGGGCCUGCGUCGGCCUAUCAGUUUGCAGAUGCAGGACGAUCACGAGCGAAUCAGACCUCCCCCCUCGUCUACAUCCUGGCACUCCGGCUGUGCCCUGGAUAAUCAGAGCAAUGAAGGUACCCAGCAGACCCUGCCCAACAUAGAAGUGACAGAGCACGAGAGCCAAUCCGAGGACAGUAUUGUGAAGGCGGAUGAGGAAGAAGAGGAAUAUGAGCGCUCCGCCCAGCUGCUGAGGACGAAGAGCGAUGCCGGGUUUCUGAGGAAGGCCCAGCGCCGGUCGCCUAGCGACCAGAGGAGGAUACGACGACACCGUUUCUCCAUCAAUGGACACUUCUACAAUUACAAGACUGCAGUCUUCACUCCAGCGUAUGGUUCAGUUACUAACGUGCGGAUCAACAGUUGUAUGACCACGCCCCAGGUGCUACGAGUGCUACUUAACAAGUUCAAGAUUGAGAACAGCCCAGAUGACUUUGCGCUGUACCUUGUACACACCAGCGGGGAGCGUGCAAAGCUGAAGCGCAGUGACUACCCCCUGGUGCUGCGUGUGCUUCAGGGUCCGUGUGAACAGGUCAGCAGAAUCUUCCUAAUGGAGCAGGACCUGGGCGAGGAAGUCACCUAUGAUGUGGCGCAGUAUAUUAAGUUUGAGAUGCCAGUGCUGCAGAGUUUCAUCACCAAGCUGAAGGAGGAAGAGGACCGGGAGGUGCAGAAACUCAGGAGCAGGUAUACAUUUCUGCGGUGUAUCAUUGAGAAGCAGCUGCGUUGUCUUCCUGAGGGGACUGCCUGUAUGUGACCUCCUUAGCUACCCCCCCCAACCCCAGACGCCGUCCCAAGCCUCAAACAGGUGUGACCCUGAACCACCCUGGGGAGAGGCAUCCAUUCUAACCUCGCUUUAAUCUCUUCCAAGACCUCUAUAGGGACAGUGUACUAAUUCUGUGAGCUGGGUUGUGUGUGGUAACUUCCUAAGUUGGGGUCAUUAUGAAACAUGAUGUCUGCUCUUUCCGUCCAUACCAUGAACAAACAGUACAUAUCCUCCUUGCUGUCCCAAUCCCUCUCUGACACACCUGCCUCUCUGUCGUGAUAUGUGCAUAUUAACUGUAUCCAUAUCAGCAAUAAUAAUGGUUAAUUAUGAAGGUACGGUUUGGCACUUUUCUCUUGUGGGUCUGUAUGGGGCAUUUUAGACUGUCCCAUGUCCUACACCACUCAGAUGCAAAAUAACCUAAAGCACAUCUAAAUCUCUUUCUUAGUUCUACUGAGUUAGAUAUAUCUAUCUCUUUCCAUCCAUUAUUCUCUCUACCUCUCUCUCCUUGCAUAUUUGAAUUUUCUAUUUUUGGCCAAAGCCCCAUUUUGCCACCUGCAGAUAACUGAUUGUCUCCCUCUCCAAACCAGAACCUGCCUUAGACUCAAGAGUGGCAUCCCACACUAGAUGAGAGACUCACCCACCCAGUCAGUCGGUAGGGGGGUUGAAUGACUCCUGUCCUGUGACAGUAUGUGGUGUUGAAACAUGCCUGUCACACAAGUGUGGUACAGUACUAUCUCCAUGAUCAGCUCUACAGAGGCAGGAACUGUAAUGUAACUUCAUGACUGUUCUUGCAACAGUUAAUCUAAAACUGUCUCCUAACCAAUUCUAGUGGAAUGGAAAAAACAUGUAUUUCUGCUACCUGUGUUAUUUUUUUUCUUACCUUUAUUUAACUAGGCAAGUUAGUUAAGAACUAAUUCUUAUUUACAAUGACGGCCUACCGGGAACAGUGGGUUAACUGCCUUGUUCAGGGGUAAAACGACAGAUUUUUACCUUGUCAGCUCGGGGAUUCGAUCCAGCAACCUUUCAGUUACUAGUCCAAUGCUCUAACCACUAGGCUACCUGCCACCCCAUACCAGGGUUAUGCCAGAGUUAUAAUCACAUAGUGUAGUAUAGUGUGAUAUGACCGGUGUGUCUGCUCUACUAGCAUAGCUAGAGACUGAAGCACAAAACAUAGAGAGGACCAGAGUUCCUUAAGAUUGUGAAUUAUGUACAUGAUGAAUCAACUACAAUAGCUCAAACGAGGGAAUGUUUUGUGUGUGUGUGUGUGUGUGUGUGUUAGGUUGUGUGUGUGCACGCACAUUUCUGAAGCAGUACUUACUUUCCUGGUAGAUAUUGAUCUGUGUGACAAUGUGCGUGUGUAUGACUGUAUACAGUACUUUGAGAUGUGGUACAACAAUUCUAUUACACCUAUAUCUACCCUCAGCUUUUAAAAGGUUGCUGUAUAUUGUCUGUGAGCGAGUGUGAGUGUGUGUGCAUGUAUGUCUGUCCUUUCAAUUUCUAUGGCUCUUUCAAGACUGACACCAUUUAUUUCAUAAUAAAAUAUUUUAGCUGUUGUAAUGUUGCAUUCUGACUCUCUCUUCAAAGGCACAUGCCACUAUUUAGAAAUGUAGCUUUUUACAAUGAUGAUUAUUUAUUUGGUCUGUACUGUCUAGCCUUUUUGGGUCUGUGGGUAGAAACCAUAUUAUCCUGGUUGUAUAAUACUUACUUAAUACAAAGCUGUAUAAUAUUACUCUGUGUUAUUGCUGUAUGUUUUGGUAGGCUUACAGUAACUGCAGGCUAAACACACACACACAGGUCGUUUUUUGAGUUUCUACUCUGUUGGUGGGUUAGGGGCUGAGACACACACACACAGGUUCUCUUUGGCUAAGUGUGCAGGUAUUUCUGUGUUGUUGGGGCAUGGGCUUACUGUAACACUACAGUGUUAGCAGGGAUGAGCAUCAUUUGUUUAUCCUGCUCAGCCAAUGAGGAGGUCAGAGAUAGAUCCCCUCUCUACCUGGCUGAGACCAUUUGGAGGUUGAAGAGACCCGUCCCACACUCUCUCUCUCCCAGACAGUCACAAGAAUCCCUGACGAUCACACACACAAAGGAGAGAGCCAAAAGGACAUCCUCUUGACACAUCUGUGAUUUUCCUCAGCUCUUUGUCAACUUCUACAGAGAAUGAGGAUUGUUGGCCAACGGAGACUUCUCACUGUGGCAACCUGCCUGUUGCUCCUAGCAACCGUCUGCCCCACCUCAGAGGCUCGCCGUGGUGGGGGCUUCGGUCGUAGUGGGGGCUUCGGUGGGGGGUGGGGCGGUAGUAGCCGUGGGGGUUACCCUCGUCAAGGUGGAGGCACGGGAUACCGACCAAUGCCAUCCUCGAGUGGACAGGCAUACCGACCAAUGCCUGCCCAGAGUGGACAGGCAUACCGACCAAUGCCUGCCCAGAGUGGCGGCUCCAGUGCGGGGAAGAUGGCAGGGGCUGCUGCUGCUGGUGCCGUGGGGGGAGCAAUGCUGGGCAGUGCGUUGAGUCGUCCUGGCUACGGAGGAGGAUAUGGGGGUUAUGGAGGAGGUUAUGGAGGUGGUUAUGGAGGUGGCUAUGGAGGAGGCUAUGGAGGAGGCUAUGGGGGGUACCCCAGAGCUGGAGGGUAUGGCCCCAGGCCUGGUGGCUAUGAAGGUCCAGAGGGCUCUGGGGAUAUGGGGUACUACUAUGGAGCAUCCAGUGGGCCCAUCUAUAACAGCAUCAUCGUCAUCAUCGGGUCACUAAUGUCAUUGGUGAUGGGGCACUGGGUGGGAGUGAUGUAGAGAUGGAGUGAAGAUUUGGAUGGAGUCACGACUAAAGCUCUCCAGACCAAGACCAUAUGUAUAUAAAGGCUCUUGAGACCCAAACCAAAACUAGGCUCUGACCAAGAUCCAGAUCAAGACCUUGGGCAUUGAGUCGGAAACCAUGACCUCGUUGACAAUGAGAUCACAGUUCCAUCUGUUCUGACUCACAGGUAUCGUGGGGCAAAUACACUUCCUAUAUAGAUCCCUGAUGCAGAAAGACUCUGAUGUGGAUUCUUUGUCAACUGAUUGCACACAAAAAAAUGUACUUUUUCUUUUCAUGAGACAUUACACAACAUAAAAUAUCUGGUGUGUGAUAGAUGACCUUCCGGUCAAGCACUUACUACCUCCAUGAAGCAGUAGUACAUGAUUUACUUCUCUUUACCAUGGUUGUUAUCAACAGUUUAAUAUUACCAUAUUGCAGUAACAGUUUACUUGAAAGACUCACGCUAUAACUCAUCUUUCACUGAUUUCAACCCUUGGUAGAAUACUGGCAGCUUUUGGAUGUGGAUUUGUAAAUGCUGUAUAUUGUUCUAAUCUAUUAAUUAUAUUUUGUGUCCAUGACUUUUCUUACUUUAUUGAAAAGGAUGUGAUUCUGGGUGAGUGGAGUGUAUUAACACCAUUAUGAACCAGGUGGUUCGAGCCCUGAAUGCUGAUUGGCUGAAAGCCGUGGUAUAUCAUACCACAGGUAUGACAAAACAAAAAAUUUUAGUGGUCUAAUUACGUUGGUAACCAGUUUAUAAUAGCAAUAAGGCACCUCGGGGGGUUUGUGGAAUAUGGCCAAUAUACCAAAGGGCUGUAUUCAGGCACUCCAAAACUGCCCUUAGCCAUGGUAUAUUGGUCGUAUACCGUAACCUUUUGUGCCUUGUUGCUUAAGUAUAAUACACAAUAACUAGUUCCAUGUUCUGUAUUGGUGUCAUUUGAUGAAUCUGAUGUAGUUUUCCUUUCGUGUUACUCCAAUAAAAACAUGGGAGACAGA